AUAUUUUAGUAGUGUUUUGGGACACACUCACAAGCUCAAAACUGAGAAGCGAUUUAUUUUUCUAUACAUUUUUCUGUUGGUGGCACAAUGGAGCAUCUGUAGAGUGUUGGCCUCACAGUUCUGAGGACCGUGGUUCAAAUCCCGGGCCCACCUAUGUGACGUCUGCAGGUUUUCCCUGUACCUGCAUGGGUUUUUUGGGGGCACUCUGGUUUCCUCCCACUUCCCAAAAACAUGUUAGUUGGAGACCCUGCCGUCCCCAGGGAUUAGAAUUUUCCGCCGGUUGGCGGAUUUCCGACUUUUUCAGACCAAAAUGACCAUUCUCGAGAUAAGCGCAAAUCCGUUGAGAAAAUUUCAGGAGGGGUAGAUUAUCGUGCGCCUGCCUCUCGGUGAUGGGAUCCGAGCUGCAAGUUCAGCUUAUUGCUAGCACAAGCACGACUAUCAUAUGCCGUUCUAACUUGCUCGGUAGUGUAAAUAUUUGCAUUUUGCGACAUAAACAUUAACUUGUUUGCGGCAGAUCACUCGAUUGGACAACAGAGUUAUACAGUAUAACGAUCCAAUCGUGUUAGUGGUUAAUCGAGUUUCACCAUUGCCAUGUACAUGUGUUCUCAGAAAUCGCAGUGUAACUUGUUAGUUAGCCAAGUAAUGGUGCGUGGGACUUAGAUAGUGCGAACUGAGCAACGGUGUGUUCAAAGUUUUACAAUGGCGAAAGUGUUAGAAAAAAAGGAUGAAGAUUGAGCAAGUGGUAAGGUAAUUUUUAUUCAUAUUGUUCUAAAAACUUGUGCUUCAUCUCUACACUAUACUAGUUAUAUGAAUAACUGACUGCAUGUCAAAAAGAAAAUAUAAUGGUGUAUCCAUAUUAAACAGUAAAAGAGAUUGAAAAUUCAUUCUGAAGUUUGGCAAAUGGUGAAACUCUAUGUAAUGUGCUUCAAAUAAGUACAAUAAUUCAAGCAUUAAAGAAAUGAAACGGAUAUUUCAAUUUUUGCUGUACUGGUAGAGCACCAAACAAGGGACAUUUUUUCCACAAAUACAGUUAAAUUCAGUGUUGAAAAUAAGGGUUUUGGGGCUAACAAAUUGCUAAAAUCGCUUAGCUUCAGGGGGCUGCGCCUGCACCAUACUGAGGGCCUGCGGCCCCCAGACCCCGGGCUGCGUUUCAGACUUUUUUUCUCAUUUGGCAUUCUCAUCCCUGCUUCCCUUUAGGUGUGAUUGUCUGUGGAGGUGGUUGUUUGUCUUUUUGUGCCCUGCAAUUGGCUGGCAACCAGUUCAGGCUGUACCCCGCCUCCUGCCCGUUGACAGCUGGGAUAGGCUCCAGCAAUCCCCCAGACCCUUGUGAGGAUAAGUGACUAAGAAACUGGAAGGAUGGAUUAUCAAUGAAUAUUAAAUCACCUGGGUUACACAUUGUCUUCUAGUUAAAGAUCUAAUCCAGAGGACCUGUAUUUUAUUUGUCCAUCAUACAAAUGUAGCUAAAAUUUCCUAAAAAAAAAUUAUUUUAAAAAUUCUCAACACAACAGAAAUGAAAUAAAUUAGCAUCAAAGUCGGUCUCAAAAUUUUGUUAAAUAUUUCACUUGGAUCAGGCAAUUUCCGUAACUCCCUGGAAUGUGAUGUCACAUUCAGACAAAAUUUAGCCAGAGAGUGAAAAAGCUAGCAAAGAUGGUGAGGAACUGUGUUGUAUACGGCUGUUCUGUCAUCAUCUUCAUCAUGUCAUCUUACAUGAAUGGCCAAAAGAUGAACAGAUAGGUGGGUUAUGGGCCAGGUUUGUGAAGAGAAAGGUGAUGCAUUGCACUUACAAAUCAAAGUGGACAGUAAUGUGUUCCAAGCAUUUCUGUCACUGCCCUGCCAGUCCAACCCUGGCGCUGAUUAGGAGGCGCACAGCUGCGCCUCAUCCUCGUUGAUAAACCCCUGCAUUUAUAGGACCCAAGGGACGACUGGUCUUCGCCAGAUCGUCACAACUCAUGCCCUGUUCAUGCGCUCCCGUAUUCUUGAGCGUGAACCCAAGUGUACCGACCUCCGCCUGUCCUUCGACCGACCCCAUAAUCUUGACAUCUUUGAUACUCCUGCCUUCUCUGAUCGAUCUUCCGUGUACCGACCCCUCCCUGCCCGCGGACCUGCUCUCUAUGCCUGACGCCCUGACUACUGCUGCUCCACUUGACUGUCUGCCUGAUCCCCGACCUUGGAACGAAUAAACAAUUUUCCCAAACUGCCUCUGUGUCUCUGGAGUCCUGUAUUUGGGUCCUCCUCCGUAUCGAUGGGUUGUGACAAUUUCAAGGAGAACUGCUUUGAAAACCCGGUACACGGUUCACUUGGCUUCGGUGGCAACCUGGAGCAGUCCAUUGCAGCUUUCCACCAGCAUGCGGAAACGCAGCCUUGCAAGUUGCCACUGGGGGAGGAUGUCGAUCUAAACCAGUCCUCUAGAGUUAUCCUACAAGAACUGAAGGAACACAAUGCGAUGAUGGAAGAAAAUAGGAAACUGAUUGCUGAGGUUCAGAGGCUCCAAGAGCAAAGAGAAAAGGACAUGAUGAGCUUGAGCAAGUUCAGCGUUGCACUGAAAAACAUUGAGUUGACAAGAGAAGAGGCUCAGAUAGGACUGCAGCAAAGAGAUGAGGUUAUUCAACAGAAGAGGUUGCAGUUAAAGCAAGUGGAGGAAACAGUACAGGAGUAUUCCACCAUAAUCAAGGAUCUCAGGCUGGCAAACCAGGAGCUGAGGAGUCAGUUAGAGGACACAGUGAAUGAGGCCUCGCUAGCGACUCUCAGUGAUUUCAUGGGAGAAAAGCAGGCAUCACAUAUUCCCAGGCUGUCUUUUGCAGAGGAGCUCAAGCUUCUAGCUGAAAUUAAAAAAGAAGAAAAUGAAGCAGAGGAAUCAAUGACUCCUCCAAAUGAUCACCAAACAAGCAGAUGUACACAAGCCAAGGAGUCGUGCACCCAGAAAAUAUUUGUGAUCUGCUUUGCCAUUAUUAGCAUUUUGGUCAUUUUGGCUUCAGGAAGUCAUGCAAGAAAUCCCGACUUUCCUUCAUUCCACCACCUGUGGAGGCAUGUGCGCCUGACAUUAGAGUCCUUCUUUAACAUGCAGUACGGAGCUUUACCCCCGGUCUGAUCCAAGCCUUUCUACGCGUUACAUACUUUGCAUUUCUUUCUUAGUAGUGCCACACAUUUUGUGAUGUUUAUUUUUAGGUAGGGGUUGAAAAAUACUGAACAAAACUCAAUGUAUUUCAAAGUGAAAUGUCAUGUCCAAUUCCAAUCUUACUUCAAAUGGAACACGUACACGGGUCUCAUUCGGGAAUUUGUGUGUAGGAAACCGUUGUUUGUGAUAUGAUCGGAUUUGCUUGUUUUCAUAAAAUCAGGUUGGCGAA